AUGGUUAGUCAUUGGAAAGGGUGUCUACUGUGGUUGCUCAUAGCCCUCAGUGGCUGCCAGCAAAUUGCCCCACAGCAGCUGCAGGGUCCUCCUCGUCCCAGGGGGCGUAUACGCAUUGCGGAUAUGCAAAAUCCCGCUUCAGUAGGCGGAGCACCUGCCCAGGGCUUGGGAAACUGGCCAAAUGUGCCGGCUGAGGGUCCCAUCAGUUCCACUGUGCACACGCACAUUCCACUGUGGCGCGAGGAGAGCUCCCCCCUGCCGGCCACGCCCAGUCAGGAGGCGGUGGUGUACGGCAACUGGAAGCCAGAGCAUCCGGAGAGGCCCGAGAAGGUGGACACGGACAUCGAGUCGGACACGCAGCCCAGGGAGCGGGUCUACGGACGCCUGGAAGCCAUGCUCAUGGGAUUGCCGGCAGAUGCUAUUGACGCCAAGCCCUCGAGUUCCAGCGAAGAGCAAGCCGCUCCUAUUGCGCCUGGUGGCUACCAGAAUCCUGUCUAUUCCCGUCCAGCCAGCCGAGAAAGUUCGGCAGAGAAAUAUGGGCGCCGACGCAUCAGCACUCAGCAGGCGCCACAACAGUUUGAGUUGGCCAGGGUCAACGAUUCGGAACCCAUAUUGAAGGGCAUUUCCAAGCAGUUCAACGAGUCCGUGGAGGCGACAACGACGGACAAUCGAAGGAAUUCCAAGAAUUCCGCCGACGACAACUGGUUGCCGCUGCCGUACCCUCCCUAUCCCUACGACACCACAAUGCCAGCUCCAAUGGCAACAAGCUCCAUGGUUCCAGGGUUUAUGCAAUCCUCGGUGGUGCAUCCACCGGCUCCCACACAGGCCACUCGGUCCACUGCGGGUCUACUCAAUUGGCCCACUGAUUUCAUCGACAGCACCUCCCUUACGGCGAGCACCGAGAGGAUAGAUGGGAACCUUCAGGGGAGCAUUGACCGGCGCGAUGAGAGCGUCUCUGAUCCGGCGGACGAGUACAAGUACUACGAGGACUCCCUGAACUCCGCCCAGAUGCACAGCGAACUGAGUGUUCCAGAGACCGUGCCGCUGAAUAUUACCCGGGUGGGCAUCCCAUACGAGGAUCGAAAUGCCUCCGAGGAGCCGACCAUAUGUGUGCCCCUCACCGUCUCGGAAACUUCGCUCUCCUCCGACAGCAUUGUGCCCCAGGCGGUGGAGGUCGAAAGGGUCUACUGCUUUCCCCUUCCCAAGGUGGAAAUACGACCGGGUCAUGCUCGUCCGCAGGUGGAACAGGUGACGAGGGAGCAGGAGAUACCAGAAGCAGAUAUGGAUACGCAGCCAACGGAACCGGCUUUACCGAGUAAUUCCAGCACCGGAUCCGGAUCCGCGCGAAGAUCACUUGACACGCUCGCGGUGCUCCUCGUCAUAGCUUGGUGCUUCCGGCCAGAAAUUAGUAUUUAGAUUUAGUAUCACUUGACCUUAACACAACUCAGGGCUAUUCGCUAACUACACUUACUUAAAAAUUAAACCUAAGCCAACACAUAAAAUUCA